ACCAUAACAUAACAUGACCACGAGAAAGAAUUUCAUUACAACAACACUACCGAUAAACCAAGUACUGAUAGCAACUCUCGCUACUCCUUUCACUAACGAACUACUCCCGCCACAAAAAAGAAAGCGACAGACUUAUCCAAACAAAACAACACAAGCUAAGAGGUAACACUUCCACCAUAAAUUUAUCAAUGGCUGCACUACCAUCCUCUCCUUCUCUGCAACUCUCAACAACAACCAUAUCAGCAACCCAUUUCCCUUAUCCACAUGCCGCGUUCCCAAUCAAACCUCACGCGCCCAAACUCUCCACCAUCACCAGCGCCACCACAGAUGACAACAAAGGAGACACCACCCAAGAGCCCGAGUCGAAACCCGGAUCCGCAUCCGACGACCAAUUUGAGAGCCGCCUGUCCCAGGUCCGACUCCGAUACAGAAGCGGGACCGGCAAGAAAGCAGAGCUCCGGAAAGCAAAGAAAGGGAAAUCUGGGUCCGGGUCAGGAUCAGGAAUGUACCUGCCUCCAGUUCCUUUAAAGAAAUCGGUUUCUGAUGGGUUAAAAGUGGAAUUCGGGUUUAGCCCGUACAGUGAAAGGGUAAACGGGCGGAUCGCAAUUCUUGGGCUAUCAGCUUUGUUAUUAGUAGAGCUUGCAACGGGUAAAAGUGUAAUUAAUUAUCACACUCCAGCAAUUGUGGUGAUUCAGAUUUAUUUUGUAGCUGCGGUGACUGCUUUGUAUGUUAAGUACGAGAAAGAGAAGGUUAGCAUCUGGCCUGACUCUGCUCCUAGUGAGGAAUGAAUGAGUAAAUUGUUAGCAAAGAAAAAUGAUGUUUUAACACCCUUUUCUUCUCUGUAAUACUAGUUUGUUUUGAAGCCAUGUUUAGGUUACGCCAGUUUUUGUAUUUCA